AUGCCUUGCCCGAUAAGCAUCACCAAGUUUGUGGGGACCAUUUCCCUGGGUCUCCUGACUGGAACAUCCUAUACUCUCACCAGCAUAACCCUCCCAUCGCUUGCGCUGCUCCCUUCUGCCACCUUGGCUUCCCGCACUCUCACCGCCAUCCAGACCAAGUCAACCCGGCAGAUCCUGACCUUGGCUUCCAUCUCCUCGCUCUCGCUCCUGACCGCCUUCACCUUGGCCUCUCCGCGCGGCCGCCAUCCUUAUCUGCUCUACACCGCUCUCGUGGCCUUUAUUGGCGGCCAAGGCGUUGAGUAUUGGUACAACGGAUUGUCAAGGUUUCCGAGAGUCGGCGGCCGCUCGCGCAAAGGAAAGAUAGCCCCGGUCAGAGUACCCAGCCCCGGAGGUUCGGACAGCGGAUAUAUUGAGAUCGAGUCUCACGAAAGCGAGGAUCAGGUUAACGGAGAGAAAGUCGAGCUGGAAAUGACCAGAGAGCGCAAGAUCCAGCAGGUCCGGGGUUUGAUUGCUGGUCUAGGCUUUGCCAUGGGUGUGGUUGGAAUCUGGGGCGAUGGGGCUUAA